UCUGCUCUGCUCCCAUGGCUGACUCUCCCCUUAACCACUCCUGGCCUUCCUUCUCUAAGCUCUGGAUGAAGAGAUGGUCCUUCAAGAGAGCAUCCAAAUGCAAGCCAUGUAGCGAGUCAUGUGGGAAUCCUAGCACCCAGCUUAGUGCCCAGACUCCCAGUGGGAUCGGCUCUUCGUCUUCAUUACCUCCAGCCUCCAUCACAGAGGAUGUAUUCACUGAUAACACCAGCGAUGACCAGGAUGCAUCUUCAGUAGUCAGUGACUACGACUGUCCCUGUGUGGAAGCUGGCAGCAGCCUAGAGGACCUACAGGGCCUCAGUUCCUCCCUUAGAGACUCGGAAUAUUUCAAAGACCUGCAGGGAGAAUCAGCGGCUAUUGCAUCAUCAGAUGCCUCUACAUUACCUGAGAACAACGCGCAGCAAACUGUUGACUCACAAUUCUCCGUAAACAUUAAUUCCCAGACCAAUGAGCAACUAGCAAACACACCCCUGGCCACAAACUUCCUACAGAGUUUUACUGUCGACAGCAACGACUUCCCGGAUUCUGCACUUGGCCUGAAUUGGACACUUAAACUAAAUGGACUUCUAGGAUCCAUGGACACAGUGGAUGCAGUCACAGAGCUGGACACGAUAAAGGACACAGGCAAAAUGGAGCUGGAUGGAGAGCCAGACAUGGACAGCUUUCCCAUUUUGGUCAGAUCCAUGUCAACGUCUCGGAGGCACAGCUGGGGGGUCCCUCUGUCACCCCUCAGUUCUGCUAGGAGACUGAGUCUAGACACCGCAGCUAUAGACAGCGAUGAAGAGCGUGACGAUGAUGAAGAGCAACAGAGGAGUCUUUUCCAGUCCUGCCAGCAGCAGUCUGACAGCUUCUCAGCAGGGCCUGGAGAUGAGCCAGAUGGUUUCAGUCUGAGGGCCAUGGGUAGACCUAGCAGGCAGCUGUACUCUCGAUCGGAGAUCCUAGCCACUGAUGACUAUUCCCGAGCUGCACACAUCUCUCGUGUCGUCCAGACAUCCAAACAGGCCGCCAGGGCAGCAGGAGUGGCAGAGGAGUUUGACCCAGAGGAAAAUCUGCACUCUACAGAGGGACAAAGCCACAUGUUGAUGGUACAGAAAGUUCUGCAGGAGCUAAAGCUGUACUAUGGAGCAAAGCACAGAAACAACGGCAAUCCAGAUGCCAAAGAUUCAGGAAGUGUCACCUGGUACGAGUUCCUCUCCAAGGAGAAUGAGGAAGAGGAGGACCGAGCAGAAAAGGUUGAGAAAGGAACAAAGGUGAAAAGGACUCUAAGCUCCCUGAGGAGCAGGGUGACGGGUUCCUUCAAUAAAGAUAAGGGUAAGCAUCGAGAAAAAGAGCAGCAGAGAGAGAGGGUGAAGGAGAGAGACAGGGAGGCCAAAGAGAAAGUGUGCAGGACCGGCAGCCACAGCAACAGCAACGGGCAUUAUUUAAUACCAGGCUCCUUCUCCAGUUCCGCCACCUGCUCGCUGUGCAGCAAGAGCCUGCAGAAAAAGCAUGGUCUGCAGUGCAUGAAUUGUGCUGUGAACGUUCACAAGAGCUGCAAAUCUUUGCUUGGCGAGUGCACCAGCAGCAAGAACAAGAGAGAUCCUCACUUGAGGGGCGGUGGUUCAGCAUCUCCUAACCUUGCACUGAAAGACAAGGAGAGGGAUCAGGCAGGCACAGCCGCAUCUCAGGCUGCAGAUGGCCAGCGAGGGUUUCCCGGCACCCCAGGCAUGACCGUUAGUUUUUUUCCACCCACCAGUCAACCUUCAGCCAGCCUCAGCAGUAGCAGCGCUGCAGCUCCAGCUUCCAGCGUUGGUUCCAGCCUCCGUCACCACAGCAGCUCAGGAUCCCUUCCCGGGGACAUGGAUGAGGCAGAUGCUCUCCGCUCUAAACGUUGCAAUGACGACGCCAUUUCCCUCGCCCCCUCCAUCACAGAGUCCAUCAUCGUAGAAGAUUCUCACUAUGCAGCAGUGCGGGCUGACCUGGAGUCCGAUGCUCAGGACUUGGAGGCAGACUCCUGGAGUACAGCAGUCGAUCAGCAGUAUCUGAAGAAACAUACAAAGGACGUGGUGAAAAGGCAGGAUGUUAUAUACGAGCUAAUGCAGACCGAGAUGCACCAUGUGAGGACGCUAAAGAUAAUGCUGCGCGUCUAUGUCCGAGAGAUGAAGGAAAACCUCCAGAUGGACUCUGGCAGACUGGACUGUCUGUUCCCCCGCUUGGAAAACCUCCUGGACCUUCACACGCAUUUCCUGUCAUGUCUCAGAGAGCGGCGGAGGGAAAACCUUGUCUCACCCAGCGACAGGAACUACACUAUCAACAGAGUGGCAGACAUCUUAAUCACUCAGUUCUCAGGUGAAAUAGGAGAGAGGAUGAAGGACUGUUAUGGACAUUUCUGUAGCCACCACACUGAAGCUGUCAGCUUUUACAAGGAGCUGCUGCAAAACAAUAGAAGGUUUCAGAACCUCAUAAGGAAAAUCAGCAACUUAUCCAUCGUACGGAGGUUAGGAGUGACCGAAUGUAUUUUGCUGGUAACACAGAGGAUUACCAAGUAUCCAGUACUGGUGGAGCGCAUCCUCCACAACACAAGAGAGGGUACAGAGGAGCAUGAAGAUCUGACUCGAGCGGUGAGUCUGAUUAAAGACACCAUCAAAGAGGUGGACACACUGGUUAAUCUCCAUGAGAAGGAUUCCCGUCUCAGAGAAAUACACAACAAGAUGGAGCCAAAGGCACAGGGAAAGAUCAAAGAUGGCAGAGUGUUUCGCAGGGAGGACCUCGCUCAGGGCAGGAGGCGGCUGCUCCACGAGGGCACAGUGAGCUGGAAGGCUGCCUCUGGCAGACUCAAAGAUAUUCUGGCUGUCCUGCUGUCAGAUGUGUUGCUCCUACUUCAAGAGAAGGAUCAGAGAUAUGUAUUUUCCACAGUUGACAACAAGCCAUCAGUGAUUUCUCUCCAAAAGCUAAUAGUUAGAGAGGUGGCCCAUGAGGAGAAGGCCAUGUUUCUCAUCUGUGCUUCCUCAAGCGAGCCAGAGAUGUACGAGAUCCACACCACUUCUAAAGAGGAGCGAAACACUUGGAUGACGCACAUACGGCAAGCUGUAGAAAGUUGUCCUCAUUCUGAGGAGAGGCUGGUCAGUGAGGAAGAGGAGGCUCGUGCUUCUAGACUUAGAGAGUUUCAAGAGCGUCUGAGCCAGCGAGAUGCAGUGAUCACCCAGGCUCUCACAGAGAAGCUGCAGCUGUUCACAGAAAUGGCGGAGUCUGUGGCAGGUCUAGAGGACACGGCUUCCCGUUCUAGACUGCUGCUACGAGGAGACUCCUCAGACCUCCAGCAGGGAGAGACUCUACUCAAAGGAGCCAUCACUGAAGUUGAAAACCUGCAGAACUUGUUGCAGUCUGGAGUGAGGGAGGAGGCUCAGUCCACUCGAGCAGAGGAAGGAAGCGGUUCUGGGGUUCUGCCCAGGAGAGCGGGAACCUUUGGAGGCUAUGACAGCAGCCCGGCCAUCCUCAGUAAGAACGGCAGCGUAAAGAAGAGCUUCUCUGGCGAGUCUAGAAAUCGAGACAGGAGCCAGAGAGCCAGCUCAGACCCUCAGCUCAAAGACCUCUGUGGAAGCCACACCCUGGAGCAGACGGUUGAUCAGAGUUGCUCCUCUCCUCCAAAAUGGAACCGCAUCUGGUCCAACUCCUUCCCUGAAGCUGAGUUCUUUGACAGAGUGCUGAUGCUCUCCCAGAGGCUUUACAGCUUGCAGGCCAUCGUAUCCCAGCAGGACAGCCAGAUAGAGCUGCAGAGGGCCUCACUUACAGAGCGGGUGUCGUUACCUGGACGCCACAGAGGAAACGUGCUCCUAGAACAGGAGAAACAGCGAACUUUAGCUCUGCAGAGAGAGGAGCUGGCCAACCUGAACAAGCUUCAGUCUCAGCACAGGCAGGAGCAGCAGCGCUGGGAGAAGGAAAGGGAGAGGCACCGCCAGCAAGUGGAGGUGACCGAGGCCCGGCUACGGCAAAGAGAGGAGGAGUGCAGGAAACUUGAGGAGCAACUGGCUAAGGAGAAGGAGGAACUGGACCGGCAGAGAGAGACUUAUCAGAAGGACCUGGAGAGACUGCGGGUGUCCACCAGAGCUGUGGAGAAAGAAAGGGAGCGACUGGAAAACGUGAAAAAGAUGAAAAGGAAAACAAUCGAGGUUGCUCCUAUGUCUGGUAGUCUGAACGGGGAGCUCCUCUCAUCCUCUGGUCUCGCCGGCUCCACCUGUAUCUCCGAGUUGCCGCACUCCCAGAAGCCCAUAGUGCGGGCCAGUCUCUCCGUGGCUCAGGCUGACUACCCCGAGCGUCCAGAAGUCGCAGUGAGACGGGAGACUGGCUCCUCUACGCUUCCUCUACCCUUGAAAACUGAGGUGCCGCUCCACCUCUUCAGCACCACUAACCAGCAGCACAAACCGGUCGGGGUGCAGCAGCAGAUCCCCACCAAACUGGCAGCAAUCAACAGCGGUAAAGGGAAAGGAAGCAAAAGUGGGAAGGCGUCGCAUCGCACAGACAGCUCCACCUCGGUGGACAUGAAGCAGAUGCUCCCCCUGAAACUGUCUGCAAGAGAGGACAAUGUGCUGAAGGCCAAACGCUCCAUCAGCCCCCAUCAGCAGCCAGUUCAGUCCCACUCCCUGCAUCACCACUCAGAUCAGCUCAGUCCUCCAGACCAGGCUGGGUUAGACAGCCAGCCCACCUCCUCCAUCAGCUCCUCCUUCCCACCUAAUGUGCAGAAGCCGCCGGUGGCUGGUGUGCAGCCCUAUGCACCCUCCUCUGCACACCUUCUCCACUCUCAGAGUGCUGACCCCAUCUUGUCGCCCCCCCACCUGCAGCCACGCAGCCUCAGCCCAAGCGCGCCACUCCCACUGAACCUCCAUGGAACUGGUCACAGCGCAACGCCACCCUACACCAUCCCUGCAGAAGAGCUAAACAAGGAGGAUGUCAUUUUUUUCUAAAGAAGCCGCCCAGUCAGAAACAUGGGCCAUUUAAAGGAGAACCAUAGUUUUUCUAUCAGUACACACACAGCUUUAUGCAGAGAAUUGUCCAACUUUUUAUUCAGUUACCGAUUUUUAACCUUACUACUUCACACUUUUAUCCAAACUGCCUGUAAAGUUUAUUUAAUUUUUAGUGAUACAUGCUUAAAACAUUGGAUGCCAACACAUCAUCAAAGGAGUCCAGCGCUGAGUUCUUAUUUUUAUCAUUUUUAUUCAUCCCAAAGGCACAAACAGGAUCUGACUGAAAGGAGCACUAUGAAGGAGCAUGUUUGUUUUUUUUUGUCUUUUCCCAACUAGGAGUAAAAAUCAAUGAAGGAGAAGCGGUAAAAUCAGAACUCCAUAAUGAAGUCAUCCAGCUCUGCUUGAAGUUUCAUUUGCACAAAAAAAAAAAAGACAAAAAAUCCUUUCUAAAAAAAUUUAAGAAUAAUUUUAUGGGAAAAACUUU